ACCCCCCAAAACAAAACAACAACAACAAAAAACUUUCUAUGUCUUCAUCAGCUCUGAAAAUCAAAAGAGAUGUCUGUUGAUGAAGAUACUGCAAAAAUGGGCAGUCCACAGCCUAGCUCGACGUCAUCUCUGCAGCUCACGGAUUGUCCUGGAGGUUACGGUGGUGUGUCUGUGAUGAUGGAGGGAACUGCAGCUACCCCUGACUUUGCAGCUGCUUGCCCUCUUCUGGGCACUGCUGCCUCGCCAAAACACACGAGCACAACUGAUGCGCUCACCCUCGCAGACAAUGCUGGACAGAGAGCCAGAGGGAACGAGAAUAGCAUCAAUCGCAGAAAUAGCUUUCAUCAUUCCAAACAACAACAACAACAACAACAACAACAGCAGCAGCAACAACAAACGAAGCUAACAAAGCGGCGCUACACUGCAAAUUCUAGUUUCAAGCAUCCUUCAUCUGGCAAACGGAGACGAAGGGCCAACUCUGAGAGUGAUUCUGUCCUGCCCACCAACUUCCUCUUGGGUGGGAACAUUUUUGACCCACUGAAUCUCAACAGCCUGCUGGAUGAGGAGGUCAACAAGGCGCUGAAUGCAGAGACUCCCAAAUCCUCUCCGCUGCCAGCAAAAAGUCGAGACCCUGUGGAGAUACUCAUCCCCAGGGACAUCACAGAUCCACUGAACCUGAACAGUGGGAUAGCUGACAGCAGCUUUUUGGCUUCUCCCUUCAAGAGUGGAGGAAGGAAGAGACACCGCAAUAGGCACCAUGGGGGAGGAGGAGGUGGUGGAGGUGGGAGUGGUGGCGGUAUUGGGAUUUCAGCCACACAAAUGAACCUCUCAGAAUCAGGAAAAAGUGAAGUUAAAACAGGUCCUUCUGUACCUCUUCCAGGUACCUUAGCCUCAUGUUCUGCACUAGAAUCCAACAACGAAUCCGGUAGUGUUUCUAGUGUCAUGGCAGAGUCCCACGAGCACACAGAUUGCAGCUCAGCAAGCUGCAAGGAGGAAAUGCCACCUGCAUCCAUGGAGGAUUCCACUUCAGGGGCACCAUACCAGCACACAAGUAGACGCAAGCGAAGGCGCAACUCGGGCAAAAUGGAGCCCCCUGUCACCCAUUCUACUCCGAUUGGCAAGUCGGGACCUGGAGACAGGCAUUUUGGUGCAGGGGGAGCAAGAAAUUCCUUUCACACACCAAAAUCUGGUUCCAAAAUAGGCCCUGGAAUACGCCAGCACCAGCAGCCCCACUCUCAUACAAAGGAACAGCAGAAGAAGUUCCAGUAUGGGAAUUACAACAAGUAUUAUGGAUACCGCAACCCGGGCUGCAGUGAAGACCCUCGUUUACGUUUGCUUCGUCCCGAGUGGUUUAGAGGUAAAGAAGUACUGGAUUUGGGGUGCAACUCAGGCCAUGUAACGCUCUAUAUCGCCAAAAUGCUAAGACCCGCCCGCAUAUUGGGCCUUGACAUUGACAGUGGUCUGAUACAUGCAGCUCGUAAAAACAUAAGACAUUAUCUGUCUGAGCUGCAGACCCAAGAGGCCAGGCGAGCAAUGCAGGGCAAAAAGACUAGUAAACAGGAGGAGACAAAUGGAAACGCGAGUCACACAGGCACAGAAAAAGAGCACAACGAAGCCGAGAGCAGGGACGAAAAUGGGAAACCAGUGAAAGCAGAAAGUGGCCCUGCAGAUGAUGGAAAUGACAAUGAGUCGUGUCACACGGAUGAGAUGGAGACCCAGAGGCAGGGCAGCAAAACAGAGGAAAUGGAGCAAGAAGACUGUGAUUCACCCCCCGCUGAUCACUCUGAGAGCUGCUCUUUUCCUGUAUCCCUACGGAUCUCCAGGGGUCCCAUUGCUGCACCCCCGCUAACACAAACAUCCACGGUGCAGCCUGGGGAGUUCCCUUCAAAUGUGUCCUUCAUCAAGGCUAAUUAUGUACUGGAGAGCGAUAAUCUUCUUUUGACACAGCGACCAGAAUAUGAUGUGAUUCUGUGUUUGAGCGUCACUAAAUGGGUCCACCUGAACUGGGGAGACAGUGGCCUCAAGCGGCUCUUUAAGAGGGUCUACAGACAUCUCCGUCAUGGGGGCCUUUUCAUCCUGGAGCCACAGCCCUGGGAGUCCUACGUGAGGAGAAAGAAGCUAACUGAUAAUAUUAGCAGGAAUUAUCACAGCAUCCGUCUCAAACCUGACCUGUUCUCGUCAUAUCUUACAACUGAAGUGGGCUUCACCAGUUUUGAAUACAUUGGGCCCCCCAAGUGUUCAGUAAGAGGUUUUCAGAGGCCAAUCUAUGUAUUUCACAAAUGACUGCGCCUGCCUUGAACAUCUUUGAAUGUGAGUAGCCUAAACCACCAUCAUACAUUCAAGCCAGCCAUCUACACUGGACUACAAGGAACAAUCUGAAACCUUGAAACCGUUACUCCGGCGUUUGAUGCUGAAGAUGAAUAACAGAAAGGAAAAUGGGACCAAAAGUGGAAUGACAUUUUUUUUUUAGGAUGCAGACUGUCAAAGAGAAAGAUGUUAAAGUCCUCUGUGACUAGAAAUUAUUAAAAGUGUGGAGUAAACUCGGAUAGGACUCUAUGGGUAACCUGGAACAAAACUCCUAGUUUGGCCUGAGUGUGGAAGAGGUGUUCAUCUGCUCAGAUUUCCAUGGUGGUCCAUCUAGUGGUAUUGAUGCCCCCAGUUUGAUCCAUGGCCAUAACUUGGGUUGGAAUAUCUUGGGCCAUAUCUUUACUUUCAGGAAGUUAUUCUGUGCCACCAUAUUUCUAUAUCUUUUACAUAUUAGGAUUGGACGAUGGGAAGUCUUAUCCAAUUGGUCGCAAUCACCAUUUUUAACAGGUGAUAGAUGUUAUAUUCAUCAACUGUAUGUCGCGUAAGCAAAGCUGCACUAUAAUGCAUACAAUGCCAUUGAAGAGAUGAUAUUAAAUCUUUUGAAAAGUAAAGUGUUUUAUGCUGUGCAAGACACUGCGCACAAUACUUGUGAAUGUAGCCCCCCCACUGUAACUACUGAAGACUUAGAAAUCCUGCCUUACCUGUUAAAUAUAUGUUUAAACCCUUGAAUGCUCUUGCGGCAACCAUAUAAGCGCACAUUUGUUUGUGAUGAUUAAAACAGUUACACACGGUCAGUCACUGAGACAAUUUAACACUAAUGGCCUAUGUGUUUGUCCCAUCUUCCAAACCUAAUGCGCACCGUGUUCUUUGCCUUUUUUUUAUUUUUUUUUUAAAUUAGCUAAAUUUUGCUGAAUUCGCUUUCAUACAUGUUAAAUAGUGCUCAAAAUUUCUUCAUGUUUUGAAUACGACGUCAGAAAAAGCACCUACAUCACACAAAGACCUUAACAAGUGGAAAGUGGGGUGUCUGAAUAAAUAGAAAUAUAAUGAGGCACAGUGGGGAAAGGUUUGCUAAACAGCCAAAAUAGCAUCCAGUUAAAUUUGAACUGAGAUGGUGUGACAUCCAUGUUAUUAUUCAGCCCACAAUGACUAUUUUAAGUAGAUCUGUAGCAGGCAGCCAUCUUUUUUUCUUAUAUUUUUUCUUAAACAGUUAAGCCAUAGCCAUACCUUAUCUGCUGUCUCCAGUGUCCUUCAUGAGGUGCUGACUGAUACAACUGAGCGUAAAAUUGAGGCAAAGGCGAUUUGAGGCCCUGUAGUGUCAUCAGUCCUGUAUAAAUCAGAGACAUUCUAUUUUGUGGGUCUGUUCUCAUGCUCAUCCAGUAGUCCCUUGAGCCCCGUGUUGAUUUCUAGUUAUUCUAUACAUGUAAGCAUAAACAAAAAAU